GACAAUAAUGUCCCCAUGUGCAAAGCCAGGACCCUACAGAAUGGGUUUGCUGAGAUGGGAGUGGAAGAACUUGUACAGCAAGUUGGGAGACCAACUGCAAGCCAAGCAAAUCCACCAGCAAUGUUCCUCUAUCCAGUGGGAUCUUCUCAGGAGAGCAGAGGUUGUUAUUGCAGCAAAAGGAGGGUUAACUUCAUAUUAAUCACCUUGAUUUGGGCAUCAAAUGUUGGACUGGAGGGUGUGUGGGUGCUUUUUGCCAUAUAGUGUAUGAGGUGAGAUAGUUACAAGAGACAUACAGUGCAAAUUUAAUUUAAAAAGGAGGUUUGUGCAGGACAGUGCAGCAGAGCACAAAUCAUUAAGUGUAUUCCUAGCAGCACCCCACAUAUGUUCUGUUUCUGGACUAUCAUUGUGGCCACAAAGAAGGUAGGUCCAGACUCUGGGGUGGCAGGGUGCUGUGUGGCUGAAUGGCUGGAUCACCCUAGGACAGUGACAUAAGUUCAGUAAUCAGCACAAAUAUCAGCAGUGCAGUGUCACAUGGCUGGUGUAAUACAUAUACAGGACACGGCCCCGUUACACACAUACAGGUUUCACAAUUACUCACAGAUUGCCUGCGUGUGAGAUGUGCAUUAUAGAUUGGAGCCUUUUCAAUGGAGCACAUGAUACCUGCAGGGGCAUUUAAGGAAUGCUGUUAGUCCUGUGGAUAAACAAAAUGACAAAAAAAUGGCAACUCUGCUCCAAAUAAAAAACUGCUUCAGAGCUCAGGGAGUGGGAAAACAGUGUGCAGUUCCUGAAGUAAUUUCCUUGGGAAUCACAAACUAACCCCUGCAGCUAUGCUGGCUUACCUGUACUGUCUCCAGGCAUAAAUAAGCCUGAGAGGAUUGGGGCCGUCACUUACCCCUCUGCAGAUAGACUGGGUACAGACACACUGAGCUCUGCUGUAGUGAUGUGCAGAUUGACCUGCAACCCAGGGGACCCUGGGGUUUACCCUUAGGUCAGACGGGAUAGCUUUGAAAUUUGGGCGACUUCUGCAGGUUCUGGUCGGGUUCGGAUCAGACUGGAGCUCCUCCUAGCUAUCAUCCCACCCUCUUUUCUCUGAAAGGCUUCGGCCAUGUUCCACAGAAAGCACCUCAAGCUUCUUCUCAUUGGGAAUGCAGGAUCAGGAAAGUCAGCACUGAUGAACCAGUAUGUCAACUGUCGCUUUACCAACUACUACCGAGCCACUAUCGGUGCAGAUUUCUUCACCAAGGAGCUACGAGUUAAUGAUAAGGUGGUGACAGUGCAGAUAUGGGAUACAGCAGGCACAGAGCGCUUUCAGUCACUGGGUGCCGCUCUCUAUAGAGGCACAGACUGCUGCCUGUUGGUUUUUGAUGUGACCUCCCCUAACUCCUUCCAUGCUCUGGAUAACUGGCACAGAGAGUUUCUGGUGCAAGCGGAUCCAGUUUCUCCUGGCAGUUUCCCUUUCGUGGUGAUCGGUAACAAGACAGACCUUGAGGAGCGGCAGGUUUCACUGCGGGAGGCAGAGGAAUGGUGUAAAACGUACAAUGCAAAGUACUUUGAAACCAGCGCUAAGGAAUCACGGAAUGUGGAUGAGGCCUUCCUAGAAGCCAUCAAAUUAGCCUUUAACAAUCACCAGGAGCCUGACCAGAACUGGGAGACCAAGGUAGUAAACUUGUCUCCUCCGAGCAACAGUAAGAAAUGUGACUGUUAGAGAGUGCAGACAGAAGAACUGUAGCCACAGUGCCUGCCUGGCUCGAGAGGAUUCUGCCCAGGUACAGGCACUUGCAGGAAGGCCCAGCCAGCACCGCCGUCACUCAGGAUCACAGCGUGUAAGUGGAAGGAUGGAGAGGAGCAGCCAGAUCCUGUUUACUUAAACACCAGUUUGUAAGAACUUGUCAAACUGGUCAAGGCUACGUGAAGCCUACCUCUACCUGCCGACUGAGCUGCGCCACAGGGACCCUGGGGGACAUUUACUUUUUAUCUGGAAUUUCUCAGCUAAAACAAAAAAAAAAAGAGAAAGGACUUUAUAUUUGUCCCACCACAAAGUUAUCAUCUCUAUAUGCAUUUAUCAAAAUGACCAUUUAAAAAAACCAUGCUCCAGGACCACCCCCAAUCUGCCUGUAACCCCACCAACGUCCCAUUAAGUACUGCCAGUUAUACACAGGCAAAUGACUGAACUUUGCCAGCACACAGGGCAGUCAUUGGGUGGGUGGUUUGGUAGAAAGGGGCUGGAACUCUGGAAACGUGAUUUAUACACGGCCUGGACCUGAAAUGCUAGAACAUGGUAUGGAGGAAGCAGGAGCAUCAGGAGAACAUUUUAGAGUUUCAGUAUUAACUCAAAUCCCGGCUUUAGGCUCAUUUAAGAAAGGGUGGGGGGAGGUUUAAAAACUGGCCACUUAUGUUGCAUUUUUAUUUUUCACAAUUUUUAAAAAAAAAUAACAUUAAAUGUUUUACAAUUUGUGUUAAAUGAGAAAUUCUGAAUAGAUCUAGGCAUUAUCUUA